AUGGCGCAAGCAGGCCCUAUGACCGAUGUCACUCAGAGAUUGUUUACGGAGUUGAGGUCGAAGAGCGAGGAGACCAAAGCCAGAGCUGCCUAUGAGCUCUAUGACAACGUUCUUUCGGUGUCACGAGACUGGCCCUCGGAGAAGUUUGUGGAGUAUUACAACGCUGUCAGCACACGAAUCGCCGGACUGGUGGUGACUGGCGCCGAUGCGAAUGAGCGAAUCGGUGGACUCUUGGCCCUCGACCGACUGAUCGAUUUUGAUGGUGUCGAUGCGGCCCAGAAAACAACACGAUUUGCAGGUUGGCUACGGAGCGCCCUUCGAAAUAAUGAUAACGUCGUGCUGGUUUAUGCAGCCAGGUCGCUGGGACGUCUGGCAAAGCCGGGCGGAGCUCUCACUGCGGAGCUGGUAGAAAGCGAGAUUCAGUCGGCCCUGGAAUGGCUUCAAUCAGAGCGCCAGGAAAGUCGACGGUUCGCGGCGGUGCUCGUCAUUAGGGAGCUUGCGAAGGGAUCCCCAACACUCCUCUACGGUUUCGUGCCUCAGAUCUUCGAGCUCGUUUGGGUCGCGCUUCGAGACCCCAAAGUUCUGAUCCGAGAGACUGCCGCAGAGGCCGUAGGCGAGUGUUUCGAGAUUAUCGUCGCGCGUGAUGCCCAAGUCCGACAAUCCUGGUUUGCCAGGAUCUAUGACGAAGCACUGCUGGGUCUGAAGUCCCAUAAUAUCGAUUGGAUUCACGGAUCUCUUCUCAUUCUGAAGGAGUUGAUUCUGAAGGGCACCAUGUUCAUGAAAGAGCACUAUCGCAAUGCCUGUGAGAUUGUCCUCCGCCUCAAGGACCACCGAGAUCCCAAGAUCCGUACUCAAGUUGUCCUCACCAUCCCUAUCCUUGCAUCCUACGCCCCCACCGACUUCACCGAGAUCUACCUACAUAGGUUCAUGAUCUACCUCCAAGCGCAACUGAAGAGAGAUAAGGAACGAAACUCGGCAUUCAUCGCCAUCGGCAAGAUUGCAAAUGCAGUCGGUCCCGCUAUCGCCCAGUACCUUGAUGGGAUUAUUGUCUACAUUCGAGAGGGGCUUGCUAUGAAGGCGAGAAGCCGAGCAAGUAUAAAUGAAGCGCCAAUGUUCGAAUGUAUCAGCAUGUUGUCGUUGGCGGUUGGACAAACUCUCAGCAGAUACAUGGAGGCUUUACUUGAUCCUAUCUUUGCCUGUGGCCUCAGCAAAUCAUUAACACAAGCUUUAGUGGACAUGGCCCACUACAUCCCUCCCAUCAAACCCACGAUUCAAGAGAAACUCCUUGAUAUGCUCAGUAUCAUUCUGUGUGGCACACCCUUCCGCCCGCUGGGAUGCCCUGAGCACCGCUUACCCCCAAUGCCCUCAUUCGCGAGAGACUUUGGAGCCCAGGAUUCUCAUACCGACUCCCAAAUUGCUUUGGCUCUUCACACCCUCGGUAGCUUUGAUUUCUCGGGCCACAUUUUGAAUGAAUUUGUGCGCGAUGUUGCGAUCAACUAUGUCGAGAAUGACAACCCCGAGAUCCGCAAGGCAUCAGCCCUUACUUGCUGCCAGCUGUUUGUCCACGACCCGAUCAUCAAUCAAACUAGCGGCCACUCAAUUCAAGUUGUCAGUGAAGUUAUCGACAAGCUUCUGACCGUCGGUAUCGGUGAUCCCGACCCAGAGAUCCGACGCACCGUCCUCUGGUCACUGGACCGCAAAUUUGAUCGACAUCUGGCACGACCAGAGAAUAUCCGAUGUCUGUUUUUAGCUGUCAACGACGAAGUCUUUGAUGUGAAAGAAGCCGCCAUCUGCAUAAUCGGCCGUCUCUCCAGCGUGAACCCCGCCUACGUUUUCCCACCAUUGCGGAAAUUACUUGUCAAUCUUCUGACUGGAUUGGGGUUCGCAAACACCGCCCGUCAGAAAGAAGAGACCGCACAGCUGAUCAGUCUAUUUGUAUCCAAUGCAACUAAACUGAUUCGCUCUUACGUGGAUCCUAUGGUGACAGCAUUGCUGCCGAAAGCAACAGACUCCAACCCCGGAGUCGCCGCGGUCACACUGAAAGCUGUCGGUGAACUUGCGAAUGUUGGUGGCGGAGAGAUGAGGCGAUACCUUUCACAGGUGAUGCCGAUUAUUCUAGACUCGCUUCAGGAUCUUUCCUCUCAUACAAAACGUGAAGCUGCACUCAAGACUCUGGGACAAUUAGCGGCCAACUCUGGUUAUGUUAUCGAGCCCUACGUUGAAUACCCUCAUCUUCUUGAUGUGUUGAUCAAUAUCAUCAAAACUGAGCCAACAGGAAAUCUUCGGAAGGAAACCAUCAAACUCGUUGGUGUCUUAGGAGCUUUGGACCCCUACAAGUACCAACAGAUCAGUGACAUUGAGCCCGAUGUUCACCAUAUCAACGAGAUUCAAAAUGUCUCUGAUGUUGCUCUCAUCAUGCAAGGCCUUACGCCAUCCAACGAAGAGUAUUACCCCACAGUGGUCAUCCAUACUCUGCUGCAAAACAUUUUGCGCGAGAACUCCUUGGUUCAAUACCACUCUGCCGUCAUUGAUGCUAUCGUUACCAUCUUCAAGACCCUCGGUCUUAAGUGUGUUCCAUUCCUCGGGCAAAUCAUCCCGGCGUUCAUCUCGGUUAUUAGAAAUUCUCCGCCCAGCCGCCUGGAAUCUUACUUCAACCAGAUGGCUAUUCUCGUCAAUAUCGUGCGACAACAUAUCCGCGCAUACCUUCCAGAAAUCAUCGAUGUGAUCCGCGAGUUCUGGGAUGCUUCCUAUCAAGUUCAGGGCACUAUCUUGUCGCUGGUCGAGGCUAUCGCCAGGUCUCUUGAAGGAGAAUUCCGGAAAUUCCUCGCUCGACUCAUCCCCCUCAUGCUCGACACACUGGAAAAAGACACAACACCCCGUCGCUCACCAUCGGAGAAGGUCCUCCACGCUUUCCUGAUAUUUGGUUCUAGCGGCGAGGAAUACAUGCACCUGAUAAUACCCUCCAUUGUGCGCCUCUUUGAUCGACCCCAAAACCCGCAGAGCAUUCGCAAGUCUGCUAUUGACAGCCUGGCCAAGCUUUCACGUCAAGUCAAUGUCUCCGAUUUUGCGUCCCUCAUGGUGCACGCCCUGUCAAGAGUAGUUACCAGUGGGGAUCGUGUGCUACGACAAGCCGCUCUGGAUUGUAUCUGCGCUCUGAUUUUCCAGCUUGGUCAAGACUUUACGCAUUACAUCCAUCUCCUUAACAAGGUUCUCAAACAGCACCAGAUUACGCAUGUCAAUUAUCAAAUUCUGGUCACAAAACUUCAAAAGGGAGACCCUCUUCCUCAAGACCUCAACCCGGAGGAGAAUUACGCAUACCCCACCGAUGAUACCAACUUCGCGGAGAUCGGCCAGAAAAAGAUUGUUGUCAACCAACAGCAUCUUAAGAAUGCUUGGGAUGCUUCACAAAAGUCCACCCGCGAGGAUUGGCAAGAGUGGAUUCGUCGUUUAAGUGUUGAGCUUCUCAAAGAAUCCCCAUCUCCUGCGCUGCGUGCAUGCGCUAGCUUGGCUGGAAUAUAUCAACCACUGGCAAGGGAUCUCUUCAAUGCUGCCUUCGUGUCUUGUUGGACCGAGCUGUAUGAUCAGUAUCAAGAAGAGCUGAUCCUCCAGGUCCUUCUCAACCUUGCCGAGUUCAUGGAACACGACGACAAGGCCCUUCCGAUUGACAUCCGCACACUGGGUAAAUAUGCUGCGAAAUGCCAUGCUUUCGCGAAGGCACUUCACUACAAGGAACUUGAGUUCGAGCAAGAUCAAAACUCAGGAGCAGUCGAAGCUCUGAUUACUAUCAACAACCAGUUACAGCAAUCAGACGCUGCCAUCGGUAUUUUGCGCAAAGCACAAGCAUAUCGCGACGUGGAGCUCAAGGAAACUUGGUUUGAGAAACUCCAACGAUGGGACGAAGCUUUGGCUGCGUACAAGCGUCGCGAGAAGACAGACCCUGACUCUUUUGGCAUCACAAUGGGUAAAAUGCGCUGUCUGCACGCUCUGGGAGAGUGGAAGGUUCUCUCGGAUCUGGCUCAAGAGAAAUGGAACCAAGCAUCCCUCGAGCACCGUCGAGCGAUUGCUCCUCUGGCUGCCGCUGCCGCCUGGGGUCGUGGACAGUGGGAGCUGAUGGACUCCUAUCUCGGUGUAAUGAAGGAGCAGUCCCCGGAUCGAUCCUUCUUCGGCGCCAUUCUUGCAAUCCACCGCAAUCAAUUCGAGGAGGCCAAUAUGUACAUCGAGAAAGCACGCAAUGGACUCGAUACCGAAUUGUCUGCGCUCCUUGGGGAGAGUUACAACCGAGCCUACAAUGUGGUUGUGCGCGUCCAAAUGCUUGCUGAGCUGGAAGAGAUCAUCACAUACAAACAGAAUGUCGGUGAUCCUGAAAAGCAGGAUGCCAUGCGCCAAACCUGGAACAAACGUCUGCUCGGGUGCCAGCAAAACGUCGAAGUGUGGCAACGUAUGUUCAAGGUUAGGGCGCUCGUUACCGCCCCGCGGGAGAACCUUGACAUGUCCAUCAAAUUCGCCAACCUUUGCCGUAAAUCCAAUCGCAUGGCUCUUGCGGAAAGAUCUCUUGCCUCGCUCGAAACAGUUAUUUCUGACGCUAAUGGAACACGCACGAUAUCACCGCCCGAGGUCACAUACGCCCGAUUGAAAUUCAGCUGGGCGAACGGAAAUCAAUUAGAAGCCCUCGACAUGCUCAAGGAGUUCACUGCAGACCUGAGUGACGAUCUUUCCAAAUACAACACUCUAAUGGUUUCGCAGAAUGAGCACCAGCACAACGGAAUGAAUGGUGUUAAUGGUAUGGCAGACCCAAGUCAUCCCGAAGCCAUCGGUUUGCGGGAACGAAUUGGCGAUGUGGCCAAAUUCAGAAAGCUGCUUUCCAAGAGCUAUCUGAGAUUGGGAGAAUGGCAGACUACCCUCCAAAAGGGCGACUGGCGAGCGGAGUAUGUCCGUGAGGUUCUCAGCGCCUAUUCGGCCGCUACUCAAUACAAUCGCGACUCGUACAAGGCAUGGCACUCCUGGGCUCUUGCCAACUUUGAAGUUGUGACGACAAUCUCCAACCAAGCCAGUCGCGAUAGCAAGCCCACGCCGGUUCCCGCGCAUAUCGUGACGGAACACGUCAUUCCAGCUAUUCGUGGUUUCCUACGAUCUAUUGCACUGUCAUCAACCUCCUCGUUGCAAGAUACGUUGAGAUUGCUUACCCUGUGGUUUACCCAUGGCGGCGAUCACGAAGUUAACACUGUGGUCACCGAGGGCUUCACCAGUAUCAACAUUGACACCUGGCUCGCUGUCACUCCUCAGCUUAUUGCUCGAAUCAAUCAGCCUAACAUCAGGGUUCGCGGCUCAGUCCAUCGAUUACUCGCUGAGGUUGGCAAGACACAUCCUCAAGCCCUAGUUUAUCCAUUGACGGUGGCCAUGAAGUCAAACGUGACACGUCGUUCCCAGUCUGCCACCAACAUCAUGGAAAGCAUGAGGCAACACAGCGCCAAGCUCGUUGAGCAAGCCGAUCUUGUCAGUCAUGAACUGAUCCGAGUUGCUGUCUUGUGGCAUGAGCUUUGGCACGAGGGUCUGGAAGAAGCUUCCCGCCUCUACUUCGGCGAUUCUAACGUCGAGGGCAUGUUCGCAACGCUGGCACCUCUUCAUGACAUGCUUGACAAGGGCGCUGAAACGCUCCGUGAAGUUUCGUUCGCGCAAGCGUUUGGUCGUGAUCUUGCGGAAGCCAAGCACUACUGCAUGCUUUAUCGCCAGACCCAAGAAAUUGGUGAUUUGAACCAAGCUUGGGAUCUCUACUACACAGUGUUCCGCAAAAUCAGUCGACAGCUUCCGCAGUUGUCUAUCCUUGAUCUCAAAUACGUGUCUCCACGCCUCAAGGACUGCUCGGAUCUCGGCCUUGCCGUGCCGGGAACAUACCAGAGUGGUCGUCCGAUCAUCUGCAUUAUGAGUUUUGAUCCCAUCUUGCAUGUUCUUCAAACCAAGAAGCGACCUCGACGAAUGACACUUAAGGGUAACAACGGAUGCUCUUACAUGUAUGCACUCAAGGGCCACGAAGAUAUUCGUCAAGAUGAGCGAGUUAUGCAACUAUUCGGUCUCUGCAACACUCUCCUCGACAAUGAUAGUGAGAGCUUCAAGCGCCAUCUUUCAGUUCAGCGUUUCCCUGCUAUCCCCUUGUCUCAAAGCUCUGGUCUCCUGGGAUGGGUGUGUAACAGUGACACGUUGCAUGCAUUGAUCAAGGAAUACCGUGAAAGUCGCCGUAUUCUUCUCAAUAUCGAGCACCGCAUCAUGCUCCAGAUGGCACCAGACUACGAUAGCCUUACUUUGAUGCAGAAGGUUGAGGUCUUCGGAUAUGCUAUGGACAACACCACAGGAAAAGACUUGUAUCGGGUUUUGUGGCUCAAGAGUAAGAGCUCAGAGGCCUGGCUUGAACGACGGACAAACUACACCAGGUCGCUCGGUGUUAUGUCGAUGGUGGGUUACAUUCUGGGUCUUGGUGAUCGUCAUCCCUCCAACUUGUUGCUGGAUCGCAUGACUGGCCGUGUCGUUCACAUUGAUUUCGGUGAUUGCUUUGAGGUGGCUAUGCAUCGCGAGAAGUACCCCGAACGAGUACCCUUCCGCCUAACUCGCAUGUUGACAUUCGCCAUGGAGGUCAGUAACAUCGAGGGAAGCUACCGUAUUACAUGCGAGGCUGUUAUGCGUGUUCUUCGGGAGAACAAGGACUCCCUGAUGGCGGUUUUGGAGGCCUUCAUUCAUGACCCACUGAUCAAUUGGCGUCUUGGUGCUCAAGAGUCUCCCGAUAGGGUGUCUCUAACUGCGGAGCGCCGCCAGUCCAUCAUUGAGGGUAUCAACCUUGAGCACGGCGUGCAAUCAAAUACUUACACUCGUCACCGUCGUCCUUCCAUACUAGAGGGAGGUAUUCUGGAUACCCAAGAAGGCGUGCCUGCUGAAGCCCGUGAAGCCCAGAACGCCCGCGCUCUUCAAGUUCUUGCCCGAGUGAAAGAGAAGUUGACCGGGCGCGAUUUCAAGCACUACGAGGAACUCAAUGUUAGUGACCAGGUCGACAAACUACUUGCGCAAGCCACCAGCGUGGAAAACAUCUGCCAGCACUGGAUCGGUUGGUGCAGUUUCUGGUGA